AUGGAUUCUCCUUUCAGUGAUACAUGCUUCGAACAUGUGUCUCGACAAAAAGAAUUGCUCAUGCUCCACCAACUUCGAAAGCAAAACAGUGCCGUCGAUGACGCACUCUUUCCCUACGGACUAGUUCUGGCAGACCUACCACCUUGGGAGGUGCAAUCUAUAGUACAUGAUCAAUAUACCGUAGGCUUAGACGUGGAGCGAACAGUUACAUACGUAUCUGCUGCUCUAGACUAUAUCAAUAGGAAGUCCCGUAGACUGGGAACCGAUGCAUGGCUCUUCUGUGUCGAUAGAAACUUGAACCAAGUAUCUUGGAGUCAUGAAUUAUUCGUUCCUUACCAAUACGAUCAGGCAGUUGCAGAGCAGAGAAUUGGCAAAAUCCUUAUGGUUGCCAAAAUCGAGCAAUCAAAGAUAGACGCAAACAGUAUACCAUGGAAAAACACAUGUCCAGACGGCACGAACCUAUCUGGUCAGCUCAGAUGGUUUCCCCAUCGCUAUGAGCAACACACCGAUCUACUCCUCAAUUACAAUUUCCUCAUUGUUCAAAAUGAGUAUCACUUGGGGGAUUUGUGCGGGGGCCGCUACCUCAGGUUUCCACUCAAUUUCAUACAAAUACCUACCCCUCAAGGCCCUGAAGGCGCUGCACAGAUCACGAGAGAGGUGGUCCUUGAUUAUGCUAUUCAAUCAGUUUUACCCGGAGGCUCUAUCAACAGACAGAAUUUUCCACUCAGCCCUAUCCAAAUAUCUACUCCUCAAGAUUAUCAAGAUUAUAUACAAAUCAUAAGGAAGGUUGUUCCAGAUUGUAUUAUUUAA